GAUCCCUCAUCCCGGAAGCGUCGUGGAAGUCUCUGACUAGUGACACACUGAACCAGAAUUUUAUUUCAAAAAAAUAUAUAGAAGAUAGGAUUCUGCGGUUUGGCACCUACAAUUGAAGAUCGAAGUAAAAUGUCUUUAGAUUCUUCUCCAUCCAUCCCACCCAGAAGACGAAUGCGCAUUCAGUGAAUUCUCAUCAUUUAAAGAAGAAUUUGUGACUUCUCCCUCCCGGGAGCCACAAAAUACCCCGCCAUGGGGGGGUGGACCUAACAGGGACACGGGCCGGCAAGAAGACAUUGAAGCUGGAGUUUUAGGAGGAGAUCCCUGGGCCGCCUCCACAGAUCGUCGGGGGCUUGCGGCAGUCGGAGACGUGGUUCCAGAGUCUCCUGCAGGGAAGGUGAGGAGGAGAUUAUCGUGCAUCUUCAUAAUGACCUCCUCAUCCAACUGGUGGAGGCGAGGCCCGCCUUAUGGGACCACACCGACCGCCGACAUUCUGACCAGCAACACACCUAGUGACUGUGGGAAGAGGUCAGUGCGGCUCUGUUUCUGACCUGGGAGGAUCUCUCUGGAGAGGCUCGGCGUCAAUGUCCUUAUAUUCACUGCAGCUUUUCGGGCUGAUACACUUCAUUAAUGAUGACGCUGAGGCGACUGCUGCUUGUUUCCAACUCAACGCUGCAUGGCGCGGGGUAUCUGGAGCAUUGCCAAGACCAGAUACAGCAGUUUUUAGGCAAGUGAAACGAGUCCUUUUCAUUCCUUAUGCACUCCACAACAGAGAUGAUUAUGCUAAAAUUGCAAGGCAAAAAUUUGAGAGUUUAGGUUAUGCAUUAGACAGCAUUCAUGAAGCUGCUGAUCCUGUAGAUUCAGUUCUAAAAUCGGAGGCCAUAUUCAUUGGUGGUGGUAACACGUUCCGGCUUCUAAAAGCCUUGUACGAUAAUAAUUUAUUACCUGUCAUCCGGAAAAAAGUGAUUGAGGAUGGGAUCCCGUAUAUAGGUUCCAGUGCCGGUACCAAUGUGGCAACAAUCAGCAUCAACACCACCAACGACAUGCCAAUUGUGUACCCACCUUCUUUACAGGCUCUUGGGCUGGUAACAUUCAAUAUAAACCCACAUUUCCUGGAUCCAGAUGUUAACAGCAAACAUAUGGGGGAGACACGAGAACAGCGCAUCAUGCAGUUUCAUGAAGAACCAGAUACUCCUCCUGUGCUUGCUCUUCGGGAGGGUUGCAUGCUGUUAGUGGAAGGGAGUAAGGCAACACUUCUUGGAAUAACCAAAGCCCGGCUCUUUUUAAGAGGUAAAUCCCCAACAGAACACGAGCCAGGUCAAGACUUCAGUUUCCUCCUGAAUCAAUAGUUUUCAGCAAAUUAAUGAGAAUAAAUUAAUUCCUUCUA